UGUCCUUUAUAGUUCAAUAAAGCAGUUAAAUAAUUAAACAUAAUGUUUGACCUUUUUGCAGCUGACAAGAAACUCCUCGCUAGCAAUGCCAAGUUGCCACUAAAGUACCCUUUUGAUGAUGUCAAGUACCAGAGCCAACAUUUAAAAGAAUCUGAUGCUGUAUGCAAAGCUGAGAGAACAAGAUGUCCACACUGGCCAAACCUGUACAGUCAAAGGCUAAAGGCAAGAGAUUUUGUAAAAGUGACAUUAUGCCCAUCCAAGGGUAUAUAAUGAGUGAACGGUAGCUGAUUCUACUCCAGCUGACAUUAGGGGCCAAUGUUAGGUUCCAGUGACCUGGUGCCAACCCUAGGUUCCAAUGAUCAGGUGCCAAGGCCAAGUUCAAAUGACAAGGUGCCAACACUAGGUUCCAAUGACCAGGUGCCAACGCUAGGUUCCAAGUCAAGUGAUGCCUAUCGUAAACAAGUGGGACAAGUGACUUGCCCUCUGCUGGUAAAACCUUUCUCAGGAUUGCAGACUUCAGGAAAAGUUAUAAGUUCGGAGGUGUCGAGAAAGGAGUUUGACGACAUAUGACCAGUUAUCGCGCUUGAAAAAGAGGAUUUGGGAGUUGAAAAAGAUGCAAAAUACUGUAGGGAACCAACAUCACCACCUGAGAACAGGCAUUAUUCACCAUCUGAAGUACCGAUAAAGCCAGACAAAAUCUCACCUGUAACCUCACCAGCCAAUGAUUUGCAGCAUUAUAAUGAACAUACAGAGAUUGAACUGAGCACUAUGAUAGAGCAUGUGGAUGACCUUUUUAAUUCAUGCAAAAAGCUGUUGCUGGCUUUGUUCCAAAAUGAAUACAUUAUAUCACAUAGUGUAACAGGUCGUCCAGCAAACACAAUGACAGAACGAAAACCCAAGUUUGAUUGUAGACUUUAUGAUUGUUUCUCCAAGCUUAUUAAGGAAAAGUUUCAUGUAAAAGAUGCUGAAAUUACACUGAAAGUUCAAAAUGUUCAGAACCUUCUCAAAAAAUCAAUUAAGUAACUGAAGCAUCAGCCUAUCAUUCUCUGAUAAUUGUGGAUGAUGAAUCUUACAUUUUAAACCUUGUUUGCAAUGCAAAAUUUUAAAAAAAAAGUGCAAACUUAUUGAUUUUUUUAACUCGCCUGAGCACAAAGUGCUGAAGGUGAGCUUUUGUGAUCACUCUUUGUCAGUCAUUCUUGCAUCACCAACUAACAUAUGUUAGUCAUCCGUGCAUCAUCAACUUAAAACAACUUCUCCUAAACACCUGAAUGGAUUAAAAAACACAGUAAUGUUCCUCUCUCAAAAUAGGUCGAGCUGUUCACCUUUACUGCACAAUAUAGCCGCCAGAGCUAUAAUUAAAAAAAAACUUUCAACAAGAUUAGAUCGAUGGUCUGUAAAUCAUGGUUUAAAUAGCAACCAUGGUUUUCUGACCAUGAUUCAACCUUGGUUAACCAUUGUUUUCUGACCACGGUUCAACCUAAAAUGACAAUGGUUUAUAGACCAUGGUUCUACUUUGGUUGACCUUUGUCUGUCAAAACCAUGGUUGUAGACUGUGGUCCAUUUAUUUUGUUAAACCAUGUCAUAACAAUGGUCAAAAAGCCAUGGAUUAACCAUGGUCACAUUUCGCAGGGGCACAGCUGAUUAUGUUUCCGUAUGUACAAUGUUUCUUAUAGAUCUAAAAUGCUAAAGUCGAUAUGUGUUAUAAUACAAGUAUCUAAAAUAACCUACAGAUCUUAAAAAUCGAGAGAUCUUUACAAUAGUUUAGUUUAUGCUGUACGUGCAGUAUUUAUAAAUAUAUAAAACAAGUUGUGAUAUGGGAGUAUAACGGUAGAAUACACAGAAUAUCCUAAAUUUAACUCAUUAUUUCUAUUCAGGCGUUGAAGGCUAUCCGAGACAAACUGCAAAGUGUGUCAGUUGAGGGGUUCAUGCUCGACUUUGAGCUCGCGGCAUGGAAUGCAGUUAAAAAAAUGUUUGAUCAGGAUGUACAUAUAAAGGGCUAUGUCUUCCACUGGUGUCAGGAGGUUUGGCGACAGCUUCAAGCCAAUGGGUUAUCCACCACUUACAAUGCAAGGAAGAACAAUCACAAGUUUUUGUGUCAGUUGAUGGCACUUCUCUUCCUUCUAGUGAACCAUAUAGUGCCGACAUUCAGGGAUCUGCAGGGACGAUCCACAAACCCACAGAUUGUAGCGUUCUGUAGCUACCUGGAACGUCAAUGGAUUGGGAAUCCCUCUUUCCAAGAGAGUUUGUGGUGUGUCUUCCCCCAGCCGGUACGAACGAAUAAUGAUGUAGAAGGCUGGCAUCAACGUAUCAACAGGAAGGAUGUUCCAUGUCCUUCUACAGGCUAGUUCCACUACUGCGUAGGGAAGCGGAGACCGUUGGUCAGACACUACGAACAGGAGAGCUUAACAGAGCCAGAUCUACACGUAUAACUACAAUGGAGCGAACCCUUCAAGACCUUUGGGAAAGGUAUCAAGACUCAGAACUUUCAACAACAGCUUUUUUGAAAGCUUGUUCUGCAUUGUACAGACCGCCAACUUAGCGUGAUUUUAUGAAAUGACGAGGAUGUAGUUGGUGGUGCUGUCGAUGACGGCAUCGACGUUGUUUUGUUAUGUAAAAAAAUAUGUUUUGUUAUGUAAAAAAAUAUACAAUGUAUAUUUAUUUUUUUUGUCUUGUUUAAAUCUUGGUGGAUCUAAAAUACUAGAAUUUUGUUUAUUUGUUUUGUCUUGUUUUAAUCAUAUAUGUCUGUACAGUUAGUCAUCAAAUGUUUAAUGUCAUAGUAGAAGUAUUGUACAUAUAUUGUUGUUGUUGUUGAUGAUGAUUAUGUCAUGUUGAGGUUACUAAUUUUUAUUUUUGUGUAAAUAAAGUAUGUUGUUGAUUUAUACAUGUACUAGUUUAUCCUGAUUUUGCCUUUCCACUUGUUUGUAUUAUAAUUUGGU